AUGGCUGAGCCGGUGCUCUCCUGCUUCAAUUCGUCUGUGACGUUCCGCCUCUUUGUGGACUUCUCCGUGAUGUCUUUGCUGGUUGAGAUCAUCUCAGUGUUCCUUCACGUCAGGCGGCUCCUCCUCCUGUCGGGUCGGAGGAACAUGCCAGGGACGGAGAUCAAAGCCCCUCGGCCUUCUGUGGCCUACAGAGUGACCAGCUGGCUCAACCUGGGACCGUUGUUGGUGUUUGGUGUCUGCACGAUGGCUUGGAUGAGCCGCUGGCUGGCAGCUCAGAGCUCACGUGUGUCCCGCUAUGUCCUGCUGAUGGGGACAGUGGACCUGAUUCUCCUUUCCACCAUGAAGAUGGUGCUGUUCUACAGACUGCUCAGAGCGGACAUCCUCACCAGCACACCCGGCACAAGCGACUAG